GGGAGGGUGAGGAGCCGACUGCGGCUGCCGCUGGCGGGAUAGUCCAGGCUGAGGGAUCGCCUUACGCCACUGGUGACUGCGGCUGGUGCCCGAGACGCACCACUGCUGGUGUCGUGCUUUGGACAGGUACGAUCCCCUGGUGAUCUGAGGACCACGGACGGUCCUCCGGGGACAACCAAAGACCAUCACCGGUCUGCAACAGACACCGAGCACUCGGACCGUGCGCGGACCAGAAACGGUUCGUCGGGAGCGUCCUCUGCGGGGGACGAGGACGUUUCGGUUUAACCGUGACACGACUUCAUGGAGUGACGUCAGCUCUGCGUCCAACAACACAAAGAUGACGCGAAUGCACUGCCUCACAUGCUUAGUGGUCUGCCUUUUGGCACCACUAGUUACGUCAGUUCACGACGGGCGAUUGGAGAACUUCUACUACGACAAGGAUAUGGAGAAAGGCAUGUUUUCAUACGGGUUCGAGGUGGAACCGAUGAACAAACCCAAGGCGCAGGACCUCUCUUCGGGCAUGUCGUUCGGCGUGCGCCACCACCGACACGACGACGGCUCACAGAGCUGGGGUUACGCCAUCGGCAGCGGCCCCCUGCCGGCCUCGGCGCUCCAGGAGUCGGGGCCGAGCGCACAGGACUCGGCUCGCUCAGCCUCGCCUUCUGCUGCCCCCUCCGCCGAGCGGUCGGUCCUGACGGUGCGUCCGAGUGGGCCCAGGGAGGCUGCCCUCAGUCAGGAGCAGCUCCCGGCCGUCCGUCCCGGCCUGUUCCAGGCGUCCGGUGAUCUGCGGCCGGUGUACUUGCGCCGCGGCGAGCCGGCGCCGCCACAGUUUGACCCGCUGGACGGCCACCUGCUGCUGGGCUCGGAGAAGAUACAACAAGUGGUGCCGUUCCACGGCGACUUUGGCGCUCGGCUGUCCCGUCGACUGCGACCGGACGAGUCUGUGCCGCGCUGGAGAGCUCAGCUGCCGAGCGGCGGCUUCCGACGGCGCCAGGUGAUCCGCCCGCGGCAGCCGGAGCAGCAGCAGCCGGCUCUGUUCCCGUCCGAGCAGCAGCCGGAGCCGGAUUUGUUCUCCUCUGGACAGCAGGAGGACCCUCCGGUCACCACCUACCGUCCCAGCGUGCGGCCCACGCUGGCCGCCACGGCGACGCUGGAGGAGCCGGCCAGCGCUCCCGGCGCCGACCAGAGCGCACCCUCGGCCCCCAUCCACGUGACGCAGGUGGCGGCGGCCGCGCAGCCCGUCUCAGAGUUCCGCGGCGCCCUGCCGGGGCCUGACCCACGGUUCCAGCCUGGCCCGUUCCCCUCCGGACCUCCUUUCCCUGGCGUGUUCCCGUCUGGUGGUGGCGCGCCCUUCGGAUUCGGACAGCAGGCCCCCGCAUUCGGUGGGAAUAUCCCGAUCGGCCCAACGCCUGUGUUCAACGGCUUCCCCGGAAAUGACUUCUUUGGAAAUGUGAAUCAAUUGCCCCAGAACAACGGCUUCUUUAGUAACGACUUCGCCGGCACCCCUCGCCCAAGCUUCGCAAGCGGAAACAACGCUCAGCUGGGCAAUAAUGACAACUUCCGCACAUCCGACCAGUUCCAGCCCAAUGACAGAUUUCCCGAAGAUCAGUUUGAUGGUCUUCAACAAAUCCCAGAUAUCCCACCCCCUACGCCUUCUCCUCUCCGCCAGGAUGACAAUGAAGCAAGCCCAAAUCCCUCGUCGAAUUCCGAAGUGCCCUCGGAAACCAAUGAAGCCUCUUCUCCUACUACCGAGUCGCCGACCCAUCCGGACGACGAGCGUCGGCGCUACCGAGACGGCGACCGAGGUCGGCUCGGGGGCACCCAGUCGACCACCAGACGUAAGCGCAUUCGCAGCGGCGGUCGGCGUCCUACUCUUCGGAGAAGGCAGCGGCCGACGCCUGAGCCAGACCCUCUUCUGAGCGCCAGUCAAACUCCAGACAACGCCGACGACAAGGUGUUUGCCGCCCCGGAAUCGCCGGCAACCAAUGACGAGACGGAGUCUGGAGCAGGAUUCCGCAGACGGCCCUCGAAGGCUAUCCUUCUGACGGCGGCCAGCGUGUACCAGGACGAUGCGCCGUCACGUCAGGAUCUCAUCAGGACACCUGUGGGAGAGUUCAUUGAUCCUCUGAACGGUACCCGUAUUGUCAUUCGGAGGAGACUGAAGAAGGUCCCGCGAGUGUCGAAAGAUGACACCACUGAGCCAUCCGCGACCAGUGAGGGCGACACGAUAGCACCGACUACAUCGGAAGCGUCUCUGGAUGACAAAGUCAUGGAUGAUGGAGACAUUGCAGGCGGCGACAGUCUGUCCUUCAUCCCGGAUCGCUACCAAGGCCCUCGACCUCGAGUUCUGGCUGUCGGGCGCAGGCGACACAGGCUGCAACCAAGGAGAAAGGAUGCGACGACCACGGAGACACCAGGUACCGAUGAUACUCUCAAAGAUGUCCAUCCAGUAGAGGCGCCUCCUACAAGACGGUACAGACCGAGAUCGCGCCUGGAGAAGGAGCGUUCUCAGAUAAGAGAAGACGACGUGUUAAGUGGCCAGCAGUCUGAGGGUGAGGAGACGCCGGUCGCGAUCGGAGAAGGAAGCGACUCAGACUCUGUACUGGCUCGUCCUCCCACGGACAGAAUUUCUCUUCUAGAACAACGUAAGGCCGCACGAAUCGCUAAUCGUCGCAGACCAUCGAACCGACGCGGAUUUCCAGGCAGGAACAAUGAGAAUGUCGAAGUUGAAAACGGUCCUCUAGAUGACAACGAGGAGCAAGGCCCUUCAGAAGCAAGUCGGGGGAGACGGCCACGCCCCUGGCGCCGUGGGCGACCCCAGCGUGGUCCUGGGAUAGUCAGGCCUAGUCGCUACACAACGCCGGCCCCGGAGAUCCCACAGUUGGAUGUCACCACGCCGUCGGGUGUAUCUGACGACGGCGAGACACCCUUCGCGACGGUAGCGGCUGCGCCAACUGAGGAGCCGGCUAGACGUCGCGGCGCGUCCCGACUGCGGCGGCCCGGACGGCCGGGAGGGCGCCGCUGGAGGACGAACGAUGACGAAAGUGAGGAUCAGGUUGAGCCCAGCACUUCGCCGAGCCAGCCCAGCGAGCCAACAACGGCUUCUGACCAAGGCUACCUGCCAACUACGCCCUCGGAAGAUGCCUACCGGACAAGCAGUGUGCAGGGCUAUCUCCCCACCACAGCAGACGACUACCCGACCAGCACCUCGCAGUCUCCGGGCUACCUGCCGACCACCGGGUCUGGCCAGGAGUACGGCAUCAGCACCGCGCAGGGCCCGGCCUACCUGCCGAGCACGGAGUCAGGCGUGACCACCGUACCCACCACAGCUCGACCGCGGUCACUGAUGGACCGCUACAAGGAGGAUCGUCUCAGCGUCGCGCAGGCCCGCGAGGACUGGCUCCGAGCUCAGUUCGAUCGCAACCUGGCAGCGAGCAAGGAGCAAACCUCCGAAGAUAAUCUGACCGACGAAGACUUCCGAUCCUUGUUCAACCGCCGGCUGGAGGAAAGGCUGAACUCUGCCGACGCUGCUCCGCCAGCUACCACUAAGGCACCUAUGACUGUCGAUGACGAUGCUGCCCACGAUUCUCUCGACGACGCGGCAAGCCGGGAGGCCAGGAUUAAGGCCCUGUUUGCGCAGUACACGAAGGCGACCCAGCCACCCUCGACGUCCACCACCACCGAUCCUCCGUUCCCUCAACCGACCACUCUGGACCCCAGGAGCCGGGAAGCCCAGCUGCAGGCUCUGUUCGCCCAGUACACCAAGGCCACGACCACGGCCGACCCGAGCUCGACCACCAGCGCUGCAGACCUGCAGAAACUGUUUGCUCUGCACGUCCAGAGCCUCGGCACCACCGUGCCAACGCCGGCGGUCAUUGCGAGCUUCAAGUCCUCGGUGAACCGUGUUGGUGCCACAUCUACCAUGAGCGCAGAUGGUAAAGAUGAUGAAGGCCUGCACGCGGGUAGCUACCUGCCCCAGCCGACCACUCCCGGUCCUCUCUCGGAAGUCACGGUAUCUGACGAUUCAGCGCCACUCGGCGGCACCCAACAGCCUGGCCUUGACCUGACCCAGGUUCCAACCCCGCCCCACCGUCCCAGUUUCUCAGCUGACGACGGAGAACGUCAUGAUCAGAAAAUGGCACAGAAGACCACCAAUCCUCAGAGUCCUAUCCCGACGACUUACCGCCAGCCGACCACUCGCGCACCAGUCACAGAGCCCACCACAAGCAGAGGCCAGUGGACGCUCGACGACAUCCUCGAGAGUGUGCGUCCCGACACUCGGUUCGGGUCCAAACAGGACAACUCGGUCAGUCUGACGGAGGCUCCUCCGACCACCACCCGGAAGCCGUCGCGUCGGCCCACGCGUCGACCGGAGCCUGCGCGGCCCUUCGACGGCUUCAACGGUAUCGACGACGAGCGACACGCCGAAAAGCUGACUCUGGACAGUGAGAGCGAUCAGGAGUCGGACACAGCGCGAGGAGAGGUGCUGCUGCCGGUUCGCUCCGGCGCCCAGUCGCUGGUGGUUUCAAUGCUGACUGUACUGCUGUCCUCCUGGCUGAGUUUCACGGCGCUCAGGCUCUCCCUGUGAGGAGGCUCGGUGUGCGAGGAGGGAGAGACGUUCGGGUGUAACUAGCGCAGGAACUCUGAGCCAGGGGAUUGCAAGCGUGUCAUCGUGCCACUGAGACACGGUAAUGCUAAAAUGUUUGAAGGACUAGCCAACAAUCACAAAAAUCAACUGUUGGCUUGAUUGGCAUUGACGGCGUCGUCAUUUUCUUCAGGCGUUUUAUUUUUGACAUGCGACUUUCCAUGGCCUUGUGUGAGGUAGUUUUAUGAUUGGUGAUCCGGACCACUAACGAGCAUUGCCGGUAGUCCUCACUGGGACUUGGCGUUUGAUUGCUGUGCUCGGGGACGGGCAGUUCGGUGUAUGAGUGUGUGCUGCGGCACUUCUCGGAUUUAUUCGAGCCUAAGCGGUUAGGACGCGUCACAUUGCCAUGUUGAGGCCAUCGAGAGACUAUUUAUAGCACCUGCCGGCAGCAUGGCUCACCUGUUUUACUACAUAGUUAUGCGGCAUUACCCAAAAUACGGGGAUCAGCCUCGCUAGUUGUGUGCUUGGCCAUAGCAAGCUUUGUUAUGGCUAUUUCGCGGAUACGAGUUUCAGCUCGGUGUUCAUCUGGCGACAAUGGAGGCAUUUUGAUAGUUGCAUGUAUAUGUAGUGGAAAUACAUGUUAAUCCGGCUACAAUUAUUUGUGACCAAGCGUCCAAGAGCGCAAUUCAAUCGAACCCGACAAAGCGAAGAGGUUUAGCUUAAUCAUAAGUUUUUUUUUUUGCGAGAUAGUGAUGCAUGGGUGCAGCUGAGUUUAGUAUUAGAACUUCUUAGGUUAAGUGAAGCUGCUUAGCUACAACAGUUUUUUAAUGGCAAUGUAAGCAUCUGUCACAACUAACAAGUGAACCUAGCGCCAUUCAAAAGGUACUUAAAACCACACGGUAGCAUGAAGCAAUUAAAUAAUGAUAUUUUCCGUUUGGGCCCUAUUUUGGCAAUGUGCACCAUUCUUCAACAUUUUUAACUACGAGUUGUGAUGAAGACGGCACACAUGAAUAUGAAUGCAUCGGUGUGCCGUAUUUAAGAAUUAUUUGUAUUGUAUGGUUGUUACAAAUAUAUCGCCA